CUCCGUUGGUGGACAUCGUGCCUGCGCAUGAGUGAAGAGUACGCCACGACUACCAAUACAUACAGCGAACAGUCAUGGCGGCUCCAGCAUCUCAAUACAAAGACCGGCAGUUUCUCGCUGUCAUUGGCGACGAGGACACUGUGACUGGAAUGCUGCUCGCGGGCGUCGGCCAUGUUACCCAACCUCCAGACUCACAAAAGAAUUUUCUCAUCGUAGACGCCAAGACGCAGAACGCUGAUAUCGAAGCUGCAUUCGACCGCUUCGUUACUGAGCGCAAGGACAUCGCCAUUUUGUUGAUAAACCAGCACAUCGCUGAACGGAUAAGGCACCGAGUCGAGACCUACACUGCCGCCUUCCCCUCACUACUCGAGAUCCCAUCCAAAGACCAUCCCUACGACCCCGAGAAGGACAGUGUGUUGAAGCGUGUCAGGAGACUGUUCGGGGAGUAG